AUGAUGGAAGAAGGUCGCGCUUCCGCCUCGACUGCCUCUCGGCGGAAGUUGCCUUCUGGGGGGGAGUCCCUCGACGGCUCAGGAGACUGGCUGUCGCCUCCCCGCGCGCCGACCGCAGGGAUCUCCUCUCUUCGCCGAGGUUGGCGCACUGAAGACGAAGAGCGCCGCGGGCUGGUGUCGCCUCUUGGCGGCGUUCGCAGGCUUUCCAGCGAUUUGCAGGCGGGCGCGGAGGCGGAGCGGCGCAGAGGCCUUUUCGGGGGCCUGUUUGCGAUGCCCUUCUCUCUUUUCUCCUUCGCGCCGCGGCGGGUGCUGGGCGCCUGGCGCGCGCGCGCAGCGCGGCUCUCUGAGAGGCGAGACGGCGACCCCCGCCGCGGCCGCAGCGACUACCUCCGCGCAGACCUGCGAAAGCGGAGACGCGCGAGCGCCACUCGCUUCCUCGUUCUGCUUGUCGUCUUUUUCGUCGUCGCGUACACCUUUGCGUCCCUCUUCUUGUCUUCUCUUCUCUCCUUGCGGCUCCCGGGGCCUGCAGCCGACGGCGGCCUCUCCUUUUUCUUCUCCCCUGUCUCGCUCUUCUUCCCCGCCGCGGAGGAAGGUGCAUGGAACGCGGCGGACGCGGAGACGCCGCUCAGCGCCAUUUCCGCGCUCUCCGCUUCCCUGCCGCGCGUCUCGGUCGAGGACUUCCGCCACAUCAGCUCGCCUUUGCUGUUUCUUCUCGCCCGCGACGCAGCCGCUUUCUCCCCCGCCGUGGCGGAGCCUUCUCCUCUGCGAUCGUCUCUCUCGCUGGACGCGGACACUGCGGCGGCCGCGUCGUCGUUCCUCACCGAGGAUGCCGGCGGAGACGCGCCGGAGGCGGCGCGAGAGGCGACCGAGGGAGACAGCGGAGUCUCCUCGCCGCUGGCGUGCGUCGAGCUGUUGCCCUUUCCAGCGCCCUCCGCGGCCGCCGCCCCGUCGGCGGACGCCUUUGCGCUGCCUGAGGCGCUCCUGUCCGCCCUGGAGGAGGGCGCGGCGGCGGACGCCCCAGGCUCUCUUCAGAAGGAAGCUGACGACCCGUGGCGACGCAUAAGUGGGAAGGCGCGCGAGCGGGUCGCGCAGCUGCUGCAGGCGACGGCGCCGUGGCUGCAGGAGCGCGCGGCGCUUCGGGCGGAGAGGCCCUCCGGCGGAAAGGGCGGCGAGCACACGGCGGAGACCGACAUGCCGCCUCGCGCGCGUGGAGUCUAUCCCAGCCUCUCGUUGUUUCUUCCAAGCUGGAGAGCGGCCGUCGCCGAGAAACGCGAGUUGUCUCUGCGUCGCGGCGCGACGUCGCCCUCAACCGCGGCAGACUUGUCGCGGCAUCUGUGCGUCAGCUACGAUCGCGGCUACGGCGUGCGCUUCGUCUCGCUUUUGCGCGCGGUCGCGGAGCCUGCGGGGCAGCCAGAAGCGACCGCCGCGCUUCCGGGGCCUGCUCACGACCCCCCCGCGUUUUUUGGAGGCAUGACGGCAGCGGAGGCGAGGCGCGAGGCUUGCCAGAAGCACCCCUCGCUGUAUGACGGCUGCUCAUCGCUGCGCGUCGCGGACGCCUUCGCCUCGCUUCCGGCGGGAUCUCCGCAGGCUGAGGAGGAGGCCAGACGGGCCCAGGGGACGCGCGAGCUGGCGCACAUGUAUUGGGGCGGCGCCGAGCCGCUGACGGCAAAGGAGCUGUGGGCGAUCGACAGCUUCUUUGCGGCGUCUCCCGCGAGCACCCUCCGCGUGCACGUUCUGCUGCCCACCGCGCCAGAGGACGAAGAGAGUCUCCUCGUUGAUGACGCGCCCGGCGCGGACAGGACCCCGCAACGCGACCGGGAGCCGGACGGCUGGUUCGCUUUCUUCGCGGCCUGGAGCCGACGACGGAGAGAUCGCAUGCGCCGGCGAGUGGAGGAUGCGCGCGCACUUCAUCUCGCGCAGCUGCAGCUCUUUUGGCGACGCGGAUUCGACCUGCAGUACGUGCAACACGUGUCGCUCAAGAGUUACAUUCGAGACACGCCGUUGGCGCCGUAUGGGGCGUCGCUGCGCGUCGCUUCGCUGGCGAACCACAGCGCGUUGUUUGGAAUCCUGCGGCAUGCGCGGCAGGCGACGACGGCGGACAUUAUGCGCGCACUCUUUCUCUUCAAGGAGGGCGGGCUCUACCUGGACAUGGACUUCGUGACGCUGCGCGGCUUCUCCGAGCUGCCAGCAUUCCUCGUCUGCGAAAAUCCGAGCUUCGAGCGAACGGAGGAACGGGAGAGGGAGGAGGCGCGCCGAAGGCGACGGGGGGACACAGAGGACAAAGGGAACAAGGAGGGCGAUGCGGAGAUCCGGGGGGCGUCGGCGGCGGCGCAGCGGGCGGGGCGGCAGUUCCGCGACCGGCGGGGCUUUACGGUCUUCCGAUCCUGUGCGCCGAAUAACUCCGUGGUCAAGACGGGCGAGAAGCGCCACCUGUUCAUCCGCGACAUCUUGCACUUCAUCGCGAAGAAGCUCGCACACGCGUCAGUGGGUCAACUCGCCAUGCGCGCCUGGGGCUUGCUGGGCCCUCUCGCCUUCCGCUCCGUCCUCUACAGCCGUUGGGUGGCUGCGGGCGCCGCAGGGGUCGCCUGGGAGCGCGAGGUGGAGGAGGCGCGCGACGCGUCUGCCGCGGCGGCCGCGAACGCCUCCCGAGACCUCGGCGGCGGCGCGCAGCAGCAGCCUGCCGCGCCUCACGAGAGUCACUGGUACGUCUUGCGCUUCGCCAACUCGGCGCCGCCGCCACCCCCGCGAGGUCGGCGCACGGCGGAAGGGGGGGGGGAAUCGGGAAAAAUAGGCGAAAAUGCCAGCGGCGACGACGAGGGCGAGGACGCGCGCGAGGAAGACCUAGGGCCUCUAGUGCGCCCGCUGUGGCUCUACGGGCCUCUCUCCUUCGAGCCGCUGCUGCCGGCGCCGGGGGCCGGGGGGCGGUUUCCGGCGCUGGAGAGCGACCUCUUCUGGACGGACCAGGGGCGUGAGGAGGGGUUCGCGGAGCUGAAGAAGGUCGCGCAGAGCGGGCACUUCUACGGACUUCAUUUGUUCGCCAAGACGCUUCUCGCGCGCCGGCCGGCGGGCUUCAUCGCCUCGCUCGCCGCUGAGCCGAACUCGGUCAUGAGCGUCCUCCAGUCCACCUUCUGUGCGGUCUACUGCGGAGAGGAGAUGCUGAGGAUCUUUGUCGGCGAUGAGCAGAAGCAGUGGAUCUCCGAUGUGGUCUUGGACAAAAUCAAAGCUGUCCUCUCGUGGCUCUGA